UUACCUAAUCAAACUUUCGAACCAAAACAAUCCGAAUUUCAUCAAAUUCGGGUCAUUUUUAAGGAUUUUCGUCAACAUUUUAACUUCUCACCGCAUAUCUGGUGCCCCACAGAUGCUCCAUUCCUCGAAGGUUUCGUGAAUCAUCGCCACUUUCAAAUGUUUUCGCAAAUUUUUCGUACUGCAACAAAUGCAUCUGUGAUUAUCGAGAAUCCAAGGCUAUUUCAUACCUGCUCGUUACUUUUGCGAAAAAAGACCCAUUAUGAAGUGCUUCAAAUUACGCCGAAAGCCACAGCGCAAGAUAUCAAAGAAUCCUACUACAGAUUAAGCAAAUUGUAUCAUCCGGACAGAAAUAAAGACAAUCCCGAUGCAGUCGAAAAAUUCCGCGAAAUCUCCGAAAGUUACGAAGUGCUGGGCAACUUUAAUCUCCGCAAAUUGUACGACAAAGGCAUCCUUCACACCGCAAGUCCGCAAUAUGCGCAACAAGCAGCUCGCGAAACGCCGCCCGAAGAGGAGGAAGAUCCCACGACGCGUUUUUAUCGGAUGCGCGAAAAGCGAACUGUGACCCCGACGACGCCCGGUGAGACCGUUUACGACUUUGAUGAGUGGACGAAGCAGCAUUACGGGCGAAAUUUUGAUCGGAAGAUGAAACAAAAGGCAGCUUACGAUCGACAAAUGGCGAAAAAGCAAGACCGGAUUGAACAAGAUCAGAUGACGAAAUUUUUCGUGGGACUUUUCUUUAUGAUGGCGGUAGUUGCGGUGUUUAUUCCAAUGACUUUCGAUGAACCUUACGUGAAUAUGGAUAACGAUAAGAAAAAGUGAAAAAAUACUUAAGGAAUCUUAAGGAUGUUGAUUUUUUGUACGAACGUAAGGAUUUUAAGUGAAAUUUCUUUCGAGAAUGAUCAAAUAUUGAACUGAAAAUUGUUCGAAGGCUGCAAUAAUUUUUUAAGUCAAAGAUUAAAAUUAAUUGACUUUGUACUUAAAAAGUCAUAUUGAAUUAAAAUAGUAAAUAUGCACAAUUUUUUCAAAAUAGUUCAGAAAAAAUAUUUUCCAAAAUUGGUAAAAAA